AUGGGUAUCUCGCGUGAUUCUCGACACAAGCGCUCCGCCUCCGGUGCCAAGCGUGCCUACUACCGGAAGAAGCGCGCUUUCGAAGCUGGUCGCCAGGGUGCCAACACCCGUAUUGGCCCCAAGCGCAUUCACACCGUCCGAACCCGAGGUGGUAACCACAAGUACCGUGCCCUCCGUCUCGACUCCGGCAACUUUGCCUGGGGCUCCGAGGGUCUGACCCGUAAGACCCGUGUCAUUGCCGUCGCCUACCACCCUUCCAACAACGAGCUUGUCCGAACCAACACCCUCACCAAGAGCGCCGUCGUCCAAGUUGAUGCCGCUCCCUUCCGACAGUGGUACGAGGCCCAUUACGGCCAGGCCAUCGGCCGAAGACGCCAGAAGGCUCAGGCUGCCAAGGAGGGCAAGACUGAGGAGGAGGUGAAGAAGUCCAACGCCGUUGAGAAGAAGCAGGCCGCCCGUCUUUCUUCCCGCGGCAAGGUCGAGAGCGCCAUCGAGAAGCAGUUCGAGGCUGGACGACUCUACGCCGUUGUUUCCAGCCGACCCGGUCAGUCUGGCCGUGUUGAUGGUUACAUUCUGGAGGGUGAGGAGCUCGCUUUCUACCAGCGUAAGCUCCACAAGUAA